CGAAUGUCAGCCGGGACAGUGGUUAUCUGUGGUGGAAUUCUAGCUACAGUCAUCUUACUGACUAUCGUUGCAGUACUGUGCUACUGUAGGUUGCAGUAUUAUUGCUGUAAGAGGGAGGAGCCAGAGAGGGAGGAGGAGGAGCAACCGGACAUCACCACCAUGUCCUCUCUCCCCACACCAGUACACACAGCUGGGGACCUCGACGUGAUGACCACGCCCCCCUCCGAGCCUAACGGGCCCGCCUUUGUCUACACUCCGCCCCUGGUCCGCAAACCAGUGACACGCUCCCAUACAUUCUGCCCCUCCUGCACGCCUUACUCCCUGCCCUUCUACCUGCAGCACCCCUCUGAGAGGCUGCGUAACGGCGGUGGGCGCAUCAGCUACAGGACUGUGCAGCAGCAGGAGCUGGACCUGCCCAUGGACCUGGCCAGCUUCAACCACAAGCUCAACCUCAUCCGCUCUGUCACCAUGAGGGAGGUGGUCACCCACAGCCACAGUGUCAGCACUGAUGUGUAGCCCCCUGGUGGCUGGGAGGACCAAUGUCAGGGACCUGACCUGGCUGGAGGGAAUUUGAUUUAACUCUUACUUAGUGUAGAUAUUUUCCACCUCAACAAAUCGAUGGGUACGUUCACUCACUCACACGAUGUAAAGAGUUUUUUUUUGGUCUCACGUGUAGAUAUAUGGACACCUAGUCCUGAAUUCACCUUUUUUUUCUCACGUCAUGCUUUCACUUCACAGGUUAAUUUGUCAGUAUGUUGAUGGCAAUGUGUCAAUCUGCUCGUCUUUCUUUAGAGGAUUAUGAUUCAGACAGCAAGAACACAGCACGGACAUGGUGUGUGUGUGUGUAGGUGUGUGUGUUUGUGUGUGGGGAAGCACAUGAACGGUAUUUUAAAAAGGGCUUAAUAUCAUAGGCAGCAUAGAGGAUCUGUGAUUGUGAGGGAGACAUUUUUUCUCAAGAAAAGCUUAAGCUGGCAGAACAGGGCCACUGGAAAACGUGUGGCGAGCUGGCAUUUGCACCAGCAUUUUUUUAUCAGAUGUGGCAGGGCUCCACAACUUCUGAUUUAGUUUACAAAAAAAUAUUGACGAGAAAGGCGUAAAAAACUAGGGGAAAUGUGCCGUUCUUUUAGACCGAUUUGCCUCAUGAUUUGUCAACUCGCUCACAAUUUCUCUGUCCUUCACAUCGCUGUGCUGCUGCAGUGUCUUGACAAAAGAGAUGAACGGAAAUCACAGGUCUGGCCUGGCACACCCUCACCUGAAUUGCCAACAACCGGAUGCACCCAGUUUUCAGGGACACAGCUAACUCAACCUAGCUUCCUUUUCCAUUGAUAACCGGAGCUCCGCUCAGGCAUUUAUUUUACACCUGCUACAUUAGGUUUAGGUUAGGCCAGGCACAAAGCUCAAGGCACGCUUCACUUUCCUCAGUAUUUAUUUAGCAAAUGUGAUAACAUAUCAUUCCCGACAGACACAAGCAAAAAGUCUUUACAUAAAUGUUGUAGCAGCCUACACCUGAACAUUAGCAAUCUGACAUGCAGUAUUGCAUGGAAACGAGACGAUUCUUCAGUCUGAUCAACAUAGGUGUACAAAAAUAUAUAAAUAGUUUCCUGAUCUUUCUUAUAUCUCUCAGAUAUAUUUCAGAACAAACUUCCUUUAGAUUUUUUGGGGACUGUUGUCCCAUGCAGUGAAACUGCAGUGAAUCUGUUUCUAUGGGCUAAUAGCAGUAAGGCCAAAUUCAAUGUUUCAUCAAAUAUUUUUUUUAAAUAUAUAUUUUGGAUACCUUAAAGAGGUCUUACAAUUCUAAAUCAAAUAGCAAAAUUACCAUUGGUAUGGCCAUAUUAAAACAACUCCAUAUGCUAGUUUAAUAAUCCUGUUCAUAAAACACAAUUUUCCACCACCAUGCUAGAGUGGCUGAUGCUACUUCCUGAUGUUCAGCCAAUCAAGUUGCAACAGUCGGUUGCGUACCCCUGGCUGAACGCUGUGUACAACACCAGGAAGUAGCAUUAUCCAUUCGAGAAUGUUUUAUUAAGACAAUACAUAUUUUUCCCAUAUUUAUUUUUUUGCCGUCUUGGCAUUAAAGCUAGUUAACAAGGCAACUGACGCCUUUGCAGCCUGGAAAAAAAGAAGGUUUUAUGUACGAGCCAAUGGCUAGGGGACACAAGUGUAUAGCCGGCUGAAUUACAUUCCUGUUGGACGCAGAUGACAAACGACAAGGAAUAAUAACACCAUCUGCCAGCCGGUUGGUCCACCUCUGGCCGGGGUAAACGAAGCGGAAACGGUAUGUAUUUAUUGCUCCAUUUGUUUGUGUUAGGAACGGAUCAUAUUUGGUUUAUAUUCACACUUGGGCUGCCUAGACCUUUUCUAUCCAAAAUGAUUAACCGGAAUUAACGAGGAAACACAAUAGCUGACAUAGACUGUGAGUUCAAUGUGUUAUUAGGCCUACAGUUGCAGAGGGCAGGCCUCCACAAUGCAAACUUGCAUAAAGCAAGCUAAGCCCUGUGACUUCUAUUAUCCAAUCAUAUUGCUGUAUCUAUGUCUGUGUAGAGAGAAACCCUGUUAGUCUAGCUUUGAAAUAUAACUCAUAUGAACAGGUUGCUGCAGUUUGACAGGGUUUUUAUCCUCCCCACUGCCAGGUUCUUUUUCUCCUGGUUAUUAUAAACGUGACCUGAUUAGAAAACGCUGCUCUCAUCAUAGCCCAUAUUAAAGCUUUUAUUUUAUUUUUUACAACUGAUGAAUCAUGUCAUACCAUAUAAGGUCCAGAGUUUUACCUCGUUAGGUUACCAGAUCAGGAAAAACUAUGGGCCCCAGGAAAAAAAGAAUCGCCCCACCACUCUGGGACCUGUGGUGCCACCUCCGAGGCAUAGUGAUAACUGUGUCUGUUGUGUGAUAUCUGUACGGUACAUUUUCUUGGGGUUUAUGUAUAGGUGAUGACACAUAAGGCACGGUAAGCUGCUAAAAUAAGGACAGAACCUGAAUAUCUUGGUCUCAUUAGCCUGAUUCUCAAAUCCUCUGAAGUAUUGUUGUUUCAGUUUUGAGUGUCCUCUCAAUAUAUUCUCAAUCGAGAGGAAACUUAACUAUUUUAAGAGCUCAUUUGGUUCAAACUUAAAGGGAAAAUAUGUUUAAAUAUAUAUUUGAAGUGAUUUUCAUGUAGCUCAUUGUCAAGUCAUAUACUUCAAGUUCCACAAUAAAAAGUUAGUGUAUGUCAAUUAAGUUGGUUGCUCUAGUAAUGUGUGUACUGUUUACUUGGCAAGUAUGGGUGGCCAAACUCUUUUUGAAUUCCCCCCAAAAAUGUAACAUGGCAUGUCUUGUUUUGAUUUAACAGUGUUUUGUCUUCUUGGUGUAUAGGAUAUUUGUGUUUUAUUUCAGCAGUAAAUGUGAGAGAGCGAGCCCUAUACAUAAACCAGCAGGUGGCAUCAGGUCCUGGUAUAUGCAUUUCCCAUUAACUACUAUGGAUGAACCAUAUGUGGAAUAUAGCGUUUUACAUUGUACAAAAUAGCGUCAACAAUAAACAGAACAAUUUGUGCAUGUUUUUUCGUAUGCUGAACACAACAAAUCAAUCAAAGAAACAACGAUAAUUUACAGUUUUUAAUCGAA